UUAGCCUUGCUCGAGCGACAGGUGAUAUAACCGGCGGGCAUUCCUGAUCCGAAUCGCAGAUCGGACGCAUUUCCUUCCUGCUGCUCCGGGGACAGGCAACCGGCAUCGCGUCUCCACAGUCUUUGGAAUCACUUACGAGAUGAGGUUCUUGCUGCUUCUGUGCGCGCUGGGGACAGCCACUGCCCUCACGUAUUCUCAAGACUACUACGAUUGGGCGAGUAACCUGCAACCAGGAUGGAUUAUACAGGAGGUCAUAAAGAAUGGCCAAUUAUGUCACUGCAAGGUAGCUGGAAACAUCACUACAACCACAACCUCGACGCCUACAACGACUACAACUUCGACCACAACUAGCACCAGCACGUCCACCUCAACUACAAGCACUUCUACAAGUACUUCAACCUCUACGUCUACAACCACUACAAGUACAUCGACAAGCACCUCAACCUCUACUUCUACAACUACAACGAGUACAUCUACAAGUACUUCAACGUCAACGUCUACAAGCACUUCUACUUCAACGUCUACAACCACAACUACAACCACAACGACGACACCGGCCGCACCUAUUGUCUGCGACGCGCAAUUCACUGUCAGUCACCUCACCGUACACCGCUGGUCGACACCCAACUACCCGAACAACUACCCGGAGGAUAUCAUUUGCACGCUGACUAUCAACAUAAAAAGUACAAUGCUUGCUCUGAUGAUGGUAAACAUAAUCGUGGAGGGACCCGGGGCGAUACAUACUUCUACAAAGUGUACUUCCGAUUACGUAAACAUUGGCGGAACAAUUACAGACUGUGGGACCCUCACAGGCAAGAGCUACACUGCUCCGUUUGGUGCCUCCACAUUUAAAAUUACUUUCAAAUCAAGCUCAGCCGAUGGUGGGGCUGCCAUGGGAUUCAAACUCAAGAUUGAAGGUUUCGAUGGGAUGCUGGGUUAACCUCCGUGCUCAAGGAUCCUCACGACUCCUGGCACCUUCAGGAAUCAGCGAGGACCUAGAUUCCAAUUGGAUCAGAAAGCGGUUUAUUAACAAGUGUUCCCGAAUCAGCUGAAAAUCUUUUGACCAGAUUCAAAAGGAGCGAUCUGGUUGUAAUUAAACAUAAUCAUUCAUGCAUAUUCAUUGUUUUCGACAUCUUUAUUCUAUGCAUUCGAGUUUAUCCUUUUAAUACAUCAUUGGCAUUUAAUUCAAUUCAAUGCAUCAUUUAAUACAUCAUUGAAUACUGGGAAAGGUGAAAAAUAAAGGAAGGUAAAAAUUA